CCUCUAUCUUGGCUCUCUCAGAGUUGUUCAGACGUGAGGGAGGAAUGGCGGCUCCUCGGAGUUUCUUCAUCUCUCUCUCCGGUGUAUUUCUGGUUCUGUGUGUCUCUUGUGGAUCUACGACCUCGGGCAGCAGAAGGGCCAACCCGGAGCGCUGCGGUUACAAGGUGCAGUCUGGUGCAGAAGGAAGUGGGAGGUUGCCCGUCACCUUCAGAGCUGACAACUGUUCACUCAACUACCCGCUGGGGAAACAUGUGAUCCAUGAGGUCACCGACGUCUCCUUCAGCCAUCUGGCCUGUGAGGACCAGGCCGCCGUGGUCGUCCACUGGUCUGCCAGUCCACUAGGUACUCGUCUGGUUGUCUGUUUACCUGUCUGUCCAUCGUCUGGUUGUCUGUUUACCUGUCUGUCCAUCGUCUGGUUGUCUAUUUACCUGUCUGUCCAGCGUCUGGUUGUCUAUUUACCUGUCUGUCCAGCGUCUGGUUGUCUAUUUACCUGUCUGUCCAGCGUCUGGUUAUCUAUUUACCUGUCUGUCCAGCGUCUGGUUGUCUAUUUACCUGUCUGUCCAGCGUCUGGUUAUCUAUUUACCUGUCUGUCCAGCGUCUGGUUAUCUAUUUACCUGUCUGUCCAGCGUCUGGUUGUCUAUUUACCUGUCUGUCCAGCGUCUGGUUGUCUAUUUACCUGUCUGUCCAGCGUCUGGUUGUCUAUUUACCUGUCUGUCCAUCGUCUGGUUGUCUAUUUACCUGUCUGUCCAUCGUCUGGUUGUCUAUUUACCUGUCUGUCCAUCGUCUGGUUGUCUAUUUACCUGUCUGUCCAGCGUCUGGUUGUCUAUUUACCUGUCUGUCCAGCGUCUGGUUGUCUAUUUACCUGUCUGUCCAGCGUCGGCCCUCCACAGGGAGAGAGUUAG